CCACACGCUUCAGAUGCUCAGAACAACAAACGGACGCAGUUGCAGAGCUGGCCACACAACGGGCUCCCUUCACGCGCACUAUGGGCAGGCAGAAGAAGGCCGUUGCCGGGCAGCACGCUCACUGCGAGACGUGCUUCAGCCGGCGCUGCACGGUUCCCGUGGAGAUCUCCGUUUCCUGUCCGGUCGCCAGCUGCCGCCUCCUCUGCGGCGCGGUCUUCCACGCGUGCAAGCAGGAGGAGCACCAGCUGCUGUGCCCGCUGGAGAAGGUGCCCUGCCUCAACGCCGCCAGCGGCUGCCCCUUCGCCCUGACCCGCCGCCGGCUGGCCCGGCACCUGGAGCGGUGUCCCGCCAGCGUGGUCACCUGCUCCCUGGACUGGAACCGCUGGCCCGUGGCGGAGAGCGACGGCGCCCUCUACGGGAACCUUCUGCAGGGCUCCCGGGCCGAGGAGCCGCUGGACCUGUCCAUGGCCGUGCGGGACCAGGCGCUGCUCUUCCGCUCGCUGAAGAUGGAGGCUCUGUUUCCCGAGCUGAUGGAGAGGGAGGAGAAGCCCGUCCUCCCCGAGGAGGUCCAGGGAGCAGUGGGGGGCGGGGCCAGCGUGGGCGUGGGCGUGGCCUCUGCGAGCCCGGAGGGGGCGCUGGAGCACGGGAUCGCCGAUACGCAGGAGCUCACGCAGGAGGAGCGCGACGCUAUCGCCAAAAACAGGGAGGUGGCCGGCGUCGAGAACUAUGCGUCGUGGGAAGCCAUUUUCAGCAAGGAAUGGAGAAGCUGCCAACAGACGGCUAAGAACCUGGGAAACGAUCCGAAAGCCAGCGAGGGAAAAGAGCAGACCACUCCGAUGAGCAAACAGGCCGAGAACGGGGAACGCGCCACGGGACGCCACGGAAGGGACAGCACCAGCGCCGCCGACGUCGCCAAGACGGGCCUCGCCCCGUGGCAAGACGGAGUCCUGGAGAGGCUGGGGAAGGAGGUCAACGCAGCGGAAUACAACAUGUACCUGGUGCAUCAUGGGAGCAUGCUGAUUCGCUUCGGCCAGCUGGCCGCCUGCACGCCCAAAGAGAGGGACUUCGUCUACGGGGGCCUGGAGCCCGCGGAGGUCCAAACCGUCCGAACGUUCAACGUCCCGUACAGCUACAAAGCCAAGCGCAACCACCUCCGGGACCCCUCCACCAGAGCCAAGAGGGAGGACAAAGGGGUGGACACGCCCCGAUGGGAGGGGACCGCUCCCCAGAAGGACGAGGUGGAGAUGACCCUGCUGUGCUCCUUGGAAAAGGAGCUCAGGGGCCACGCCGUCAGCGAGAGCGUGGGGACGGACGGCCUUUUCGUCGACGUGGGGACGCAGACGUACGCCUUCCCCUCCUCCCCGUUCCGGGCGGGCGCCUCGCUGGCGGACGUGGUGGCCGACCGGGCCCCGGGCCUGCACCUGCAGAUCCAGGCCGAGAGUGUGACCCGGAGGCACAACAGGUCCACCUCGGCCUUCACCUUCCUCUGCGGCCACGCCUUCCGCCGGGACGAGUUCCCCGCCCACUUCAGGAACGCGCACUCCGACAUCCAGUCCUGCCUGAGCGGCUGGUUCGAGCAGCGCUGCCCCCUGGCGUACCUGGGCUGCACCUACAGCCAGAAGAGGUUCCGGCCCGCCAGCCACGGGGCCACGGUCACGUACGACCCGGACGCCGGCGCGUUCAACCUCCGGCCGGACGUCCCGACCACGCUGCCCGAGGACCCGAAGGACGGCCGUCCCGACAGGAAGGGAAGCGCCCGAAACCCGGAGUCCCUCGGCGACCUGCCCUUCGAGAUCCUGCGCCACGUCGCGGGCUUCCUGGACGGCUUCAGCCUGUCCCAGCUGGCCCGGACCUCCCGGCUGCUGCGGGACGUCUGUGCCACCCUCCUGCAGGAGAGGGGCAUGGUGUCCCUCAGGUGGGAGAGGAGCACGGACUCCCACGGGGGCUCCAGCUGGAGGUGCAGACAGAAGGUGUGGCAGUUCAGCAGCCUCUUCUCCCCCGUGGAGCGGUGGACCUUCGACCGAACGCCCUCGAUGUCCGAGCACCUGAAGGCCUGCCCCUUCUACCGGACCGAGGAGAGGAGCGAACCCUUCGCCCUGGUCGGCCUGUCCGACCGCCAGGAGCAGGACGGGGAGCAGAAGAGUCUCGUCCGCACGCUCCUGGCAAACAGACGGCAUCGGCCCUGAAUCAGUGGCCCUCGACACGCAUGUUAUCUGAUGCAGCAAGGAUCAGAGUCAUUACAUCGGCAUUCUGUCAGUUCAGCGCCACCUCCAGGACAUGAGUGACAUAAUGUUUUUUUUAAAAACUGAAAUUCAGUUGGUUUUCUUGCAAUGUGGGUGAAUGAUGCAGGAGAUUUUUUUUUUUUUUUUUGAGACAUUCUGUUGUGUGUAAUUAAUGACAUAGACUAUGUACAGUAAUCUUGAUAAGGCUUUAUUAAGGAUGAGUUAGGAACCAUUUUUCUCCAAAAGAGCGGUCAUGCAUUUAUUCUUCUCCAUAAGAGAGGUUAUAAAUUCGGUCUCCCUUGCAUUUCAUCAAGUGAGAUCUUGAUCAAGUCAUCUUAGAUUGUCAUUUUAUAAUAUCAAGUUACCAAAUGUGAAAUUUUGAAAAUAUAAAAACCUGUUGAAAAAAAUAGGUAAAUAUUUUAAAAGAGUAAGGCUGACAUCUAGUGGACUAAAAGAAAUCCAGGAUAUGAUCUCUAAUUUGCCUCCAAAUAUCAAACGGUAAUAUUUGCCUGUAAGUAAGAAUAUAAUGCAGUAAAAUGUAGGCUAAAUUUAGGGGGUGAUUUGGAUCAUUGGUCCCUCAUAAAUACCUUGAAAAUCCACAAUGAGAGUGGCCCACAUGAUCCUCCACUUAUAAUAACAUAACGUCCCCCUGACAUGUCAUUAUAACAGUUAAAACAUAACGUGUGUUAAAUAAAUGACCUUCUACAAAUCGAUAUUUAAAUAUGUUCUAUAUCUAAGCAAAUGGCUUCCCUGAAUUAAAUUUGACAGAAAUAAUCUCUACAAAGCAUCAACAUCUAAAUGAACUACAGUUGAAGAAAAUAACCAACAGACAUCCUUGCUGUCCAUCAAU